CUUUAGCCGCUCACGCAUGGAAUGACUGUAAGGACGCGCGUCAAGAGGAUCUUUUAACAUGUGACGAGAUCGUUCAACAGCUGAAACACACAUCAGGGUUUGAAGAUGCAGUGUUUGCGUGGCUAGUGCUUGACAACAACCCGUCGUCUCAUUUUGGAUACUUUGGAUACUUCCCUCUCUAUUUCAUCGAGCUAUUUUCACUCAGAUCGGAGUUCAAAUCAUUUUUAGUGAUGGCAUUUGCCAUGCUGCGGCCCAUGGCGACUCAUCUCGCGUACCCGGAUGUUGCCAUGAUGUCCGAGGAUGAGGAGAACCGCAGCGAGAGCGACGGCAGCUCGGAGCAGAGCUACGGCUGCUGUCCCAGCGCGGAGAAACGGCGGCGGAUGUCGCGCAAGUCCACGGUGAGCAGUGUGGUUAUAGUAAAGCAACGGAACGCGGCGAACGCUCGGGAACGCGACAGGACGCAGAGCGUCAACACCGCCUUCACAGCGUUACGGACUCUUAUUCCCACCGAGCCGGUGGACAGAAAGCUGUCAAAGAUUGAGACUCUGCGCUUAGCCUCCAGUUACAUCUCACAUCUGGCCAAUGUUCUCCUGAUAGGGGAUGGAGGAGAGGACGCGCAGCCGUGCGUGAGCGCGGUUUACAGCGCGCAGGGGGAAAGCGGAGGGAAGCAGCCGCGCACCAUAUGUACUUUCUGCCUCAGCAGUCAGAGAAAAGGGAUCAAGGACGGCACUGACUGUAUCCGCAUGCGGGGAAUCGCUUCACUGCGCGUGACGCGCCGGUAGCAGCAGCGGCGGCAGCGCGUGAGAUGAAGCCGCAACUCAGGGAGCGUGAGAGGUGAGCGGGACUCCUCGCGACGGACACUUUCGGAAGGCUCGCCGUUCAAAAAAAAAAGAGUUCAUUUGGAGUUUUUGUACUUUUUCUUUGUGUGUUUUGUAUAGAGAUAUGAACAUUUUAAAAUGCAGUGCAUAAAAUAUUUUUUUCUUUUUUUCGUUGUUUUGUUUUUGUUUGUUUUUUUGUUAAAGAGAAUUUAUGGCUACAUUUUAUACACCAAUUGUGAAAACAUAAAAAAAUGGUGAAAUAAAAUAUAUUUUUUCAAA